AUGACGAAAAUCGUGGAGUUCUUGGUCAUCGAUCGACCCACAUCGUAUAACGUGAUCGUAGGAACUCCAUGGCUGAAUUCCAUGCAAGCAGUCCCGUCAACAUACCAUAUGUGCCUCAAAUUCCCAACCCCUCGCGGGAUCGAGGCCAUCUGGGGAGAUCGAAGAAUCUCGCAAGUUUUCUUCACUGCGGAAUUAAUGCGAAAAAACCCAUCGGCCGAGUUUCCGCCUCAAAAGAAAAAGAAAUCGUCUGUCGUUGACAACACCCUAGAACAAGAUAAAACCAAAAUCUUUUGGCAAUCACGAGUAGCCGAAGCUUUGGAAGCGAAACGCGAGCUGACCUUCGAGCCCGUAAUCUCGGUAUGCUUAGACGAAGCAUUCCCAGAUCGCUGCGUGGAAAUCGGCGCGAACAUUACCGAAUCUUUAAAAACUGAGCUCAUAGCUUGUCUGAAAAAGAACUUGCACACGUUCGCAUGGGCCGCAGAGGACAUGCCGGGGAUUGACAUCAAGGUCACAUGCCACGAGCUGAACGUCGACCCGACUUUCAAACAAAAAAGAAGAAAGUUGGGACCCGAACGCGCAGAGGUGAGGUAUCCCGACUGGCUCGCUAGCCCAGUCGUUGUCUACAAGAAAAACGGAAAGUGGAGAGUGUGCGUCGACUUCAACGAUCUUAAUAAGGCAUGUCCAAAGGAUAGCUUCCCACGGCCACACAUCGAUCGCUUAGUCGAAGCAACGGCAAGGAACAAACUCCUGUCCUUCAUGGAUGCAUUCUCCGGGAAUAAUAAAAUCAUGAUGAACCCUGACGAUCAAGAGGAAACCGCGUUUAUUACUGACCGCGGCACUUACUGCUACAGGGUGAUGCCGUUCGGUCUUAAGAUUGCUGGCGCAACUUAUCAACGACUCGUCAACCGUAUGUUCUCCGAACAACUCGGAAAAACAAUGGGGGUGUGCAUUUACAACAUGCUCGUGAAGUCACUCAAAGAGCAGGAUCAUAUUGACGACAUGCUCGUGAAGUCCCUCAAAGAGCUAAGCCAUUUGUAG